UUAUCAUGGACUCUUCAAAUAAAGCUACCAAACGUCCAUUGACAACAUCCCCGCAACUUCCUGCAAAACGACAGCAAUUCCUAGACCAAAUCUCUGAAUUAAAUUUUGAUUCUCUUGAGGGAGAUACUUCAAUUUCCCCCGUUGCUCGUACAAUAAUUUCUCAACUAGGAAAUCUUCUUAAAACUGCAGCUAGCAUAAUUUCUGAUAUGUCACAACAGCAACAACUUCCAAGUCAAAAUAUCGACAAUUUUUCCGAAAAGGAAAGGCAACGAUCAAUUGUUAUUUCUGGGCUCCCACGGUCAACGAAUCCGCUUCCUUCUGCUCGGGCAAAUGAAGAUAAAAACAAUGUUACAUGUAUUCUCGAUCAGUUGGGGGUCGAGAUUUGUCCCUUAGCCGUUUACCGGUUGGGCAAGGACAACCCAACUCGGACAGGUGCUCCACCUUUAGUUAAAGUUCUUUUUCCGGCCACAUUUUUUCAGAAGGCUACACUCCGCUCAUGGUCUGAACAACGUAAAAAACUCAAGGGAAUCCCAUCAUACCGUAAUUUAAACAUUCGUGAAUCAAUGUCACCGGAACAACUAAAAGCACGCAAAUUAUUACAAGAAGAAUGCAAACAAAGAAGGUUAACUGAUAAAGGUGAUUGGAUAAUAUACGCAAAUACUAUUGUUCUUCGUGAAAAAGUUAAUGAACUUCGUAAGUCUCUCUCAUAGGAUAAUGCGGGGUCUCACAAUAUUGUACAGGGAAGCCAUAAAUUUAAUACUAAUAUAAAAAAUAAUAAAGUCAUUCCCUGUACAAAAAUCUCUACACCAUUAAAUCAAAGUAUUAAUAAUCGAGAUGCGUCAAUACAUAAUAAGGAAAAAACCAUAAAAUCGAUUUUCUUUAACAGCCGAUCAAUUAUCAA